AUGGCAUCGGCUUUGAAAGAGUCCGUCCCGCGGGACAAAUGGUGGAAAAUCAAAUGGUUUUCUGACGACGACACCCCGGAGGAGCGCCGUCUCAUCACUAAAAUCGACAUGUUCCUGGUCCCGUACUCUGUCCUAGGGUAUUGGGUCAAGUACAUCGACCAGUCUAACUUGAAUAAUGCCUAUGUGGCUGGCAUGAAAGAAGACCUUGGGUUCUACGGGAAUGAGCUCGUACAACUUCAAACCAUUUUUACCCUUGGCUCAGUGCUUGGACAAAUCCCCUUUUUAUUCAUCAUGACAUAUGUUCCUAUACAGUAUCUGGUGCCGAUCUGCGACGUCCUGUGGGGAGUGUUCACUCUUCUUCAGUAUCGCGUCAACUCCUACGCAGAGUUGGCGGCGUAUCGUUUCAUGGUAGGCUGGUUUGAAGCCGCCUUCUUCCCCGCUAUGCACUACGUUUUCGAGGCCACGAGAUUGCUCGCCGUGGUGGCCAUUUUCUACACAGGCUUAGCUGCUGGCACUCUGACUGCAGGCUUGAUCCAAGCGGGCGCAUCAACUUCUUUGGAGGGAGUUCGCGGCAUGGAAGGAUGGCGCUGGAUGUACAUCAUCUGUGCCUUGAUCACAAUUCCUGUAGGCAUCUUGGGCUACUUCGUCAUCCCAGGAACAGUCGAUCAGCCCAAUAAAUGGUGCGUCAACGAAAAUGAUCUUCGAGUUGCUCGAGAGCGCCUCGAGAAGCACGGGCAUGUGCUACACGGCAAGAUGAAAUUUGGUCAUAUCAAGCGCACCAUUUUGGGGUUCCGUUUCUGGCUGGUUAUCACGACAGACGUUCUUUUCUGGAAUGCCGGUAUCCACAAGAACACCGGAUCUUAUCUCCUCUGGAUCAAAAGUCUCGGUAGAUACAGUGCAGCAAAGGUCAACGAGCUCGGCACAAUUUCGCCGGCGUUGGGUAUUGCCUACACGCUUAUCGCCUGUUUCGCUUCGGACCUCUUCCUCGGACCAGCAUGGGCCAUCACUAUCUGCUCCUUUUUGAACGCUAUGGGCAACAAGAAACUGAAUUGGUCUCUUCGGCCAAGGAAGGGACCCAGCAGUCUGGUAUACCUGUGGCUGAGAAAGGUCCUGGACGCACGUCUAUCAGCCACGAAACCUCUAAGAUAG